UAUGUUUUAAUUCUAAAUAUCCCAGAGUCACAAAUGUGGAAUGGACAGCUAUAUAAAAUGAAUAAAUAAUUCAUGAAGUCACAAGUAGCAUAGCUGACUUGGCUUUACUUUUAACUGAGUUACUUCUUUGCAAAAGCCACCAAGAAUAUUGUAGCAUUUCAAAGAUUAAUAUAUUAAUGGACCACAGACUACACUAUUAAAUGUCUUGACAAUAGUAACACAGGAGAAUUAAAUUGACAGCCAUUGUUGAAAAUGGAUUGGUCAAGGACAGAAUUACCUAAGAAAUUACCAUUAACAAAUCUGGUCACUUUUUAGCAUUCCCUGUAUUUAUGAUUCUCACCAAUAAAGUCUACAUAUUGCCUAUUUCAAGACAAUGUUCCUUGAAACUAAAGACAUUGAGUCUGACUCAAGAAAGUUUGUUAGCUUUAAAGAGUUAUAAAACCUGCUCCACUUGUCUUCCUUAUUUCUCCCAAUAGAUUUUAACAUGUUCUAAAACUUGUGAGAGAUGCUAAUUACACUUUGCCUUUUAAAAAAAUCUGGGGGUGUGAGUAUAUAUGGUACUGUGGACUUUGAAGAAGCAAGAUAGGUAUUGAUUGAAAAGUAUUGAUGCUUUUGAAUUUGGGUGUUGGAGAAGAUUCCUGAGAAUAUGUGGACAGCCAAGAAAACAAAGUAAUAGAUCACUGAAUAAAUUAACCCCAAGUUCUUACUUGAGGCACAAAUGACCAGGCUCAAAUUAUCCUACUUUGGAUAUAUUAUGCAGAUAUCUAGCUCUCUAUAAAAGACUCUAAUGCUAGGAAAGGAGGAAAGAAAGAAGAGGAUGACUAGCAGCCAGCUGGAUGGACCAAUUUACAGUGAUGACAAAUACACAGUAGGAAAACCAGAUUAGGGACAAAUUGUCAUGGAGAAAAUCCAUCUGUGUGAUCACUAAGAAUAAAAAAUGGCUUGAUGGUACAUUGACAGUCAACAUAUAUGCUGUCCAGGGACAGUUUGACAUGUUAAAACCAAUAAAUAAAUGUGAGGGGGACAUGUACAGGUGUUCAUAUCAUCUCUUCAUGCUUCAGAUAGUUACUUUUUAAUACUGGUGCAAAAUUGCCAUUGCCACUGUUUGUGGCAAUGGCAAUACAAAGAGAAGCCAUUUUGAAAAUAGUAAAAAGGAGAGUGACUUAAGCAAAAACCUUGUGGUUUUUGCCAAGCAGCUGUGCAGCUGUUACCAAUGGGAAAGGAAAACGGUGGUCAGAAAGAACUUCAGUUGAGUUUGUCAGUUACAAACACACAUUUUCAGAAGCAUCCUUGUUCCUUGAAAUGAUGCUGUGGGCUUUCCAAGUGAAUUUGGCCUGGAGGCCAUUUGGACAUCUCUUGAUCAUUGCAGUUCUCCAGCUUCUGACAUGUCACCACUCCUUAAGUCUAUUUUCAACUCUGACACCACCACUCUAUCUGGAAAUAAAUGGUGAAAGAAAGACCCUGUUUGUAUGUUUGGUGAACGACUUCUCGGAGAAGUCACUGGGAGUCAUUUGGUUUUCCAAUGGAAAUGGGAGCAUGUUGGACUCUUAUACUUACGGCAUUUUCAAGGAAGAAGAUGGCUCUUUCAGCACAAUCGCACACAUUUCCAUACCCAGCAAAGAAUUUGAAUCAUGGAAUAUUGUUAUUUGCUCGGUUGCACAAAAUCAAAACUCAAGAAUAUGGAACACUACUUCUCUACAAAUCUCUGAGGAGCAACAUAUGGAUGAUCUAUGUCUGUAUGAAAGUCAAGGAGUGGAGGAACAGAUGUUGUCUACUGAAAUUCUGCAUAAUCGCACACAAGAAGUACAUCUUCUGGCCAUCAGAACUUUGCUGUUCAAGUUCCUAAUGUUUAAUGUACUGAUGACCUGCUGCAUCCUUUACAAAAGAUAAGCAAAACUGUAGUGCAUUGUUACUAUAAACUCAAAUUAUUUUAAAAAAUUGAAAAGAACUGCUAAUACUAUUUUUAAAAUGCAUGAAAUGCUUCAAGGAAUCUGGAUCAGACUGCUUCAAAUAGCAAUGAACUGAAAUUGGACAUCUGUUUAUCAGAUAUGCUAUGAAUGUAGCACAAGGUAGAUUACAGCACCCUUGAGGUCACUUCCAAUCCUAUCGUUUUGUGAUGUCCAUUCAGAAUUCCACAAUUAUAAGAAAGUAUCUAGUCAUUAAUUCCCAAGUUCCAGCAAUUGGAUGAUGAAGGCAAUCUUUGACAAAACUUUCAAUCACUGAGAACUCUGCAUUCAUGGCCUCAAGACACAUUGGACUGAUUCCAUGUUGGAAUUAAAGCAAUGUAAGAAUUUAAAAUGUGCUGCCUUAAUCAUUUAUUAAACAAUUUAUGAUUCAUUAAAGCAUCAUAUUUUUUUCAGGCUUGUGUGGAAGUUUGAAAAAAGAUGAACACACACACACAUUAAGGCAGUGUUUCUCAAUCUCAGCAACUCUAAAAUGUAUGGACUUCAACUCCCAGAAUUUCCCAGCCAGCAUCCCCCUUUCUCCAUUCUGUGGGUCCCUUAGUCCCCUGAGGUAGAGAUAGUUGCUUUGUUCAUUGGUGCUUUUUUCUUUCUCAAUAAAGGCUUUGAUGUCCUUG